AAUGCCCUGUUCUCUCUGUUUAUUCCACUUCCUGUUAACUGAAGUUCUAGCUAAGCAUGGCAACUGCAAUGACCCCGGUUGGCCAAGAUCAACCGACCAAAGCAGAUCCUCCACCCGUCGUGUUUGAUUUGUCUCAGCCUCCGGUUAUCGAGGGAUUCACCCCGCUGCCCAGAGCAAAGGAGGAGAAUUUUAAAGACAAAUUCAUCAGAAAGACCAAAGACAAUCCAUUCGUCCCUAUAGGUUGUUUGGGAACAGCAGGAGCAUUGAUCUACGGCCUCAGCGCCUUCAGACGGGGCAAAACUCGACAGUCGCAGCUGCUAAUGAGAGCCCGUAUCUUCGCUCAAGGCUUCACCGUCGUUGCUAUUCUAGUGGGUGUAGCCGCCACAGCACUGAAGCCCAAGCAGUGAAGACGAGACAGCAGACCCUGUUUGACCACACUGACAAGCGCCUUAUACGGUCCAUGGGUGGAAUGUGAUGUGAACAUGGAAUGUACUGAACAUUAAAUGCCAAUUGUUAGCAUUUUUAUUUUCUUUAGAUAAAGGCCCAGUGUAAGAACUCAUAUUAUAGAUCGACUGUUGGCAGAUGGCACUAUUUGCAAACUUUAUCAA